GGGUCCAGGCCGGGUCGGGGCGAGAAUAAUCGGGGGAUUGAACGUGUAAUCGCUGGUUUAUCUGAAAGCGGUGCGUUAACCUCGGCAAUUUUGAACUUCUGACCGGGAACGGAUUAAAUUAACGCGCGACUCGCGACAUCUCGGCCAAGUCAUUUUGUAAAAAAAUAUUUGCCGUGACCGCGGCGACAUAACUAAUGCGCGGCGUACGUCGACGCCUACGUAGUUGGUCUUAUCGAGUCGCGGCGAAUAAAUGAGACCGUCGAACCGUGUGUGUCCGCAUUCGCUAUUAAUUAAAUCGCUCGAUACCUCGUUUCGCCGAUAACGCGCAGCGUAUUUGUGAGAAAUUAAUUAACGCGCAGGAGUGCGCGUACGUGCGCGACGACGACGACGACGACGACGACGACGACGACGACGACGACGACGACGAUUCGCUGGAAAAGCGCGGCUCGGACUAUCAGUCGGCCGGACUAUCAUACGGCGAGAUAAUUUCGAUUUUAUCGAUCGGCAAGAUCGCGAGGUGGUGAGGCGGUGAAAAUCGUGAAUUUUCCACCGACCGGCCGGGUCGCAAUCGGUCGCAGCGCGGAGUGCAGCUGCAGUGUGAUGCAGCUGGUGUUCUUCUGCCCCACUCUUAAUUCGGGAAUGCACAAUCUUCGGCGGCAAAGCGUCGCGGAUGAAUUCGUUGUUAUUUCAUCGGAUCGCUGGGAGGCGCAAGUCCACGUUUAAGUGGUCCCGCUGGUGGUGCGGUCGGUAGUGUCGAUCGGGUGCAUCGGAAUCGGGUCACUUCGAAAAAUCGACGAAUCAAACUAAUCAGACUAACCACCUGGCACGAUGUGGCUCGGGUCGCUCGCGUGUCUCUUCGUCGUCGUUUCGUUCGUCUCGGCGAAGACGGUGGGUUUUGCCUUCUUUUCUCUCACAAAGGAGGAUUUCUUCAUGAAAAUCCAGAAGCAGAUUAAUCUGCACGAAGUGACAGAUCUGAAUCUCAGGGGCAACCAAUUUGACAGCUUCCUCGAUUGCUCCACCAAUCUGGAGAAGCUCAGAACGCUGGACCUGUCGCAGAAUCACCUGCAGCGAUUCUUCUUCCUCUGCAAAGAGGAGUAUAAUCUGCAAGUGUUGAACGUCAGCCACAAUAUGUUGGAGUACAUAGACGAUAAUUCUAUCAACCACCGAAUGCCGCAGCUGAAGAUACUGGAUCUCUCGUACAACAAGCUCACCGUCGUCAACGAAACCAUGUUGGAACACCUGACGAUUCUCGAGUAUCUGUCCUUGUCCCACAAUCCCAUAGGAGAUGGCAUACACAACGGCGCAUUUUGGAACUUGAAGGCUCUCCAACAUCUGGACUUGCGGAACGUGUCCGCGCCGUUCUUCUCCGCGGACUUCUUCAAGACCUUGACGAAUCUGUCGAGCUUGGACCUAUCGUGGAACCCGAUCAGCGUGAUACCGCUGUUGCCGGUGAAGCUGCAGCAGUUGGAUUUAUCCGGCACGCAGGUGAUCAGUCUCGAAAAUCUGUAUCUACCGGAGCUACGAGAACUGAAGCUGGAUCAUCUGCCGAACCUGACGUCGUUGGCCCUGAACGACCUCGAGAAUCUCACCUGUCUGGAGACGUUAUCGAUGAUCGGUUGCAGACGGCUGAUACAGCUGAGCCUUUGGCCCCAGAACAGGGCAGUGCUGCCGCGACUGCAACGCCUCUCGGUAAAAGAGAGCGGCCUGAUGACGCUCGGUGUGGAGCUGAGCGCGUUGAUUCAACGGGUACUGCUGGUCGAGGUGGAGAACAAUCCGUGGAAGUGCGACUGCAAGAUGGAAUGGAUCAACUCGCUGAAUUCUACGCGGAAUCUCAGCCGAGAUAUCAGAUGCCACACGCCGGAUCGACUCCACGGCAAGCUUCUCGCCGAGGUGCCGAGCUACGAGCUGGAAUGCGAGUACGACACGCCGAUCUUCUACCCGAUCAUGUGGACGAGCGUCUCGGUAUUGAUUGUCGCGCUGAUCUUCGCCGCGGUUUUCAUCCUCCUCCGACGGCCGACGAGCCAAUGGAGCUUCAGGGGCAAGGGCCGCGACACCGUCACGUACACCACCGUCGUCGAGUCGAACAAUGACCUGGUGCGGAUACUCGCGGUCACCGAGAGCCACGAUCGCAACGACGAGUGAGAUACGCCGGGCCGGCGAGAUACGAAAAACAAGGAAGCGAGAGUACGACGACGAGAACGUCUCGGAAGAUAUAUAUAUAUAUAUAUAUAUAUCGUGGAGCUAAUGAAUAGAGAAUGCUCCAACGAGCCCCUCGCUUGUCAUCAGGAUCUUUUGUAAGAGUUAGGUUACCCUAUAAAUAGUACUAUGACGUAGUAGCGUAAUGGACGAUUUAUCCGUAUUCCAGAAAAGAUCGCUUGUAACUCGUUCCCUCGCGAGUUCGUCCUCGGUGGGCGAAUUCGCGGGACGUACAAAGUGCGUUCUAAUUUCCGCGAGACGUGAAAACAAAAGCGGAUGUGCGUGUGCGUGUGUGUGCUCAUGAGUGCGCGCGUGUAACGCGGUUUUCCGCGAUAUCAAGAUCCCGCGGUAACCCAUCUCGCAACAACGGGAUCGGCGCUUCGCACAAAGUCGCGACAUUUAAGCCGCAGCCGCGGCUGAUAGACAUUAAGUCGUUGCACAUUACAAUAAA